GUAUUCUCUCAAACUCCAUAGGCUGAGCUCAGCUGUCAAUCACACCUCUGAGUAUCACGUUAGGUUGCGGCGCAGAAUUGGGCCUGAAUAGGCGGCAGAGAGUCUCAAACUGAACCGAAUUAGAGCAACAGGGAUACUAGCGGCUUUAUUUUCUUGUUUAGAGCAUUUAGAUUUUUAUAGCAACACAUUCAUACCCACAUUGGGCCCAGCGGAACCGGUAGCAUGUCUGCAACAGGAGAUUUCGGCAACCCGCUCCGCAAAUUCAAGCUGGUGUUUCUGGGAGAACAGAGCGGUGAGUGUCGAACCGAACCUACUGGUCCUGUCUCUUUUUCUUUGUUUGUAUAUGUGACUCUUAUCUCCGUGGUAGUCUAUGACAUCACAAAUGUCAACUCAUUCCAGCAGACCACCAAAUGGAUCGAUGAUGUCCGAACAGAACGGGGAGGUGAUGUCAUAAUAAUGCUGGUGGGAAACAAAACAGACCUUGCAGAUAAAAGGCAAGUUUCUAUUGAGGAAGGAGAGAGGAAAGCCAAAGAACUGAAUGUAAUGUUUAUUGAAACUAGCGCUAAAGCCGGAUACAACGUCAAACAGCUUUUCCGGCGUGUAGCAGCAGCUCUUCCUGGUAUGGAGAGCACACAAGAUAAGAGCAGAGAAGACAUGAUUGACAUAAAAUUGGAAAAGCCGCCAGAGCAGCCGGUCAGCGAAGGCGGCUGUUCAUGCUAAGGAUUCAGUCGACAUUUCUGUGCCGUGUCUCUUAUUGACGCUCUUUCAGACGCUCUUAGUCGCACUCAGCAUCUCUCUGGAUAUUCUGCAGAAGCUCCGCCCACCUGGAGGGAGUAGAACACUACCUGUCCGUCACCCUCGUUACCAUGGUUACCACUGACCCACUCAAAUGACUUUAAAUUCGAAAGCACAAUGUGGAUGUGUAUGCUGUUGCUUUUCUAUUAAUUGUUUCCAUUAAUUGUACACCUGUUUUGGUUUUUCACUCUUUUAAAACACUUUAUAAAGUGUUGUUUUUGUUCAUGUUUCGUUUUAUGUGAAAUAAUACUUAUAUUACUGUAAUAAUGAUGUGAAUAGGAACAAAACGAGAUACAAAAAAUUAAAUUACAGAACUAAUUUGAGAAGGAUAUCCAGAUUUGAAUAGGCGUGGACUUCUUAAACAUCGUUCCAGAUUCACGGUGCAGAGAUGGAAGAAAUGUUUGUGAGUGUUUUUGGAAAUAUCCAAGUGUAGAUUUCAUCAUAUGUGGCUACGGGGCGUUACAUCUGUGACGUUUCUAAUGACUUCUUCAUAAGGAAGAAAGAAAAGUAAAAACAAAUGUUUUUGGAAUUUUGGAGGAACAAGUGCUGCUUUUAGCUCAGUCAACUCUCAAGCAUUGCAGUUUUGUUUUGUUUUCUCUCCUUAGAUGCCAUUUUAUUUUAUUUUUAUUCUUAUUUUGAGCAUUAGAAAGCCAAUAGCUUAGUCAAAGAGAAAUACAGUUAUUGCAAAGAAAUAUGUAUAUUAAGGGAAGUAUCAGAUCCAGUUUAACAGAUAAUAUGCAGACAUUACCUUUGAUGGCUUGUUUUAUCGGACUUCCACUUUUUUUUUUUUUUUUUUAAGCAU